CGUAGAAGGCUCGAUCAUGAUGCGAAGAUGACAGGCGAUAAAGGAACGUAUUUUCUAAUUAUUCUGACGAUCCUGAGCAUAACUUGCGAUGUGGUUACAACAUAUCGAGCCGUGGUUGUUAUCCAUGGAAUUCUCACCGGGGGUUCCAGCAUGGAAUUAAUCAGUGAUCGUAUACAAAAGAUGCAUCCGGACACUCCAUUGUAUAACACAGUGAGGUAUGCAGGAUGGAGCAGUCUGGAUCCGAUGUGGAGACAAGUGGAAGAAAUUGGGCAGGAUGUCUUGGCAAUCAGUGCUGCCUUUCCAGAGGGAAUCCAUCUGAUAGGGUACAGUCAAGGCGGUCUGAUAGCCCGAGCCAUUCUGCAAAGAUUCCCCCAGCAUAACGUGCGGAACUUCAUUUCUUUGAGUGCACCGCAAGCUGGGCAGUAUGGAACGCAUUUCUUGCACCUAUUUUUCCCGGAUUUGUUUUGUGAAACUGCCUAUGAAUUGUUUUACUCGAAGGUGGGCCAAUUAACCAGUGUCGGGAAUUACUGGAACGAUCCUCAUCAUCAGGAUCUCUACUAUACGUAUAGUAGAUUUCUUCCAUUUGUUAACAAUGACGAGCAUUGCCAAAAUGGCACCACCUUCAAAGAUGGUCUUACAAAGUUAAAAAAAAUGGUGCUUAUCGGGGGUCCUGAUGACGGAGUGAUCAGUCCUUGGCAGAGCAGUCAAUUUGGAUAUUACGAUGGAAAUGAGACAGUUAUCGAAAUGUACAAUAGACCGAUUUAUCUGAAGGACUCUAUAGGAUUGAAAACCUUAGAUAAGGCAGGGAAACUCAAACUGCAUACAGUGCCUGGAAUACCUCACUUUGAAUGGCACAAGAACGUGUCCAUUGUCGACCAGUUUUUACUACCAUACUUAGACUAAUAGGUUACAUAUAAUUAAUAAUCCCUAAUUGGAUUUUUAGCCAAGCUAUUAGUAAUUUAUGUAAGGCUGUGCUAACGUAUUAUGAUCCCUGCUAUAUUAAUACAAUGAAUUAUUGUGUCGAAACGGGAAAGUCAAUCAUUUGGUAUCAAGCUUCGUUAUCAUUGUACAAAAAGAAUAAAUUUAUUGAUUGUA